AUUCCUGCUGUUCAAGCUCAGUUUCUGCUCAUGUAUCGAUGAGUGAAGGUUGAGUAUUGUAGAUAUGAUUAUUUUGUAUUUUCGUGAUGUGACAUUUCUCUGGUGAAAAAUAAUAAAAAUGCAAUCGAAACGAUUAGUGAUACAAUGUCUUUGGACUAUGACAAUAUUCGUAUUAGUAACGGGUAGAAUUCACAAACUUGAAAUACGGAAAGAUGUAAGGCGAUAUAUUUCUCUUAGUACCUUUGGUUUCUAUAAGGGAGGUACUCUCGAUGUAAAUUUAACAAACUUCAAAGCUGAACCUUUUGAUGAGAAUGCUGUGUUUGGAUUCAGUUUAGAUCGAACCUUGAGCGAUGCAAUGAAUCCUUAUUUAGACAGUCACCAAGAGAGAUGUGUGCUCCAAGACAUUUCGAGCGUCAAGCCGGAUUUCGAACAGAGAAAUGACAGCGCAGUCAUAUAUUUCACAAUGGACUUAAAGAACAAUGUGUUGAGAGUAAAUUGUAGUCGAAACGUACAUACCGCACAUAUUUACAAAGAUUCCAGCAAAAUAUUAGUUUUUCGAGAAAAAAGGGAUUCUUUUCCAAAUAGAUUUAGCGAUGCCGUUCUUUUUCCACGAAGAAAACGUUAUACUCCCUAUGAUAUCGAAAGACUCAAUGCCGAAGAUGAAUAUGAAUCCAGAUCGGAAAGUAGCGCUUGUUCUUUAAAUUUAUCAAUGACGGUACAGAUUGUAAAAGGAGAAAGAUAUUAUAAUACAAGUUUUGCUAUGUAUGUCGCUACUGAAGAAGAAGAGGGUCUUUAUAAUCUUCAUUUCCAUAACUGUCCAAAUUAUAAAUAUGAUUCUCAAGUUGCAUUGGAUUUCACGAUACAAAUAUCGGAAAUAAAUAGUGGAAAUUUUCUAAGUGCAGGAGAAAUGCCUUUACCAGCUCUUUAUUUUAUGAUGGCACUUUUAUUUUUUUUGUCAGGAUGUUUCUGGGUAUAUAUCCUUAAAAAGAGCAAGCAUCCAGUUUUUAAAAUUCAUUAUUUAAUGGCGGUUUUGGUAUAUCUAAAAUCAAUGUCAUUACUCUUCCAUGGAAUUAAUUAUCAUUUUAUUCAAACGAAAGGAGAACACGUUGCAGCUUGGGCAAUCUUAUAUUAUAUUACACACUUGUUAAAAGGAGCCGUACUUUUUAUAACAAUCGUAUUAAUUGGUACUGGGUGGACAUUUAUUAAACAUAUUUUAGCUGAUAAAGAUAAACUUUUUAUGAUCGCUAUUCCAUUACAAGUAUUAGCAAACGUGGCAGAAAUAAUAAUCGAAGAAAGUGAAGAAGGAGAUAUUGAAUACAAAACGUGGCGAGAUGUUUUUAUUCUUGUGGACUUGCUUUGUUGUGGUGCUAUUAUAUUUCCAGUAGUUUGGAGUAUUAAACACGUAGAAGAAGCUGCGCAUAUAGAUGGCAAGGCAGCUGUUAAUUUACGCAAACUUAAGCUUUUUAAACAUUUCUAUAUUAUGAUAUUUUCUUAUAUUUACUUUACAAGAAUUAUAGUGUACUUACUUAAGAUUACAGUACCUUUUCAAUAUGAAUGGUUAGAUGAAAUGUUCCGAGAAAUGUCUACAUAUGUCUUUUUUGUCCUUACUGGGUAUAAGUUCCGAGCAGCAUCUGCAAAUCCAUAUUUUACAUUAACUAACGAUGAGAUUCAAGCUGAUGAGGAUGAUGAGAUGGAUGUCGUUGUUUCUGGAGGUAGUGGUAUCACUGAAGGUCUCAGUAAAGUUAGCAAAGUUCCGAAAGUUUUAAGGCCUGUGACUUCGGAUAUUCCAUCUACUCAGGAGGAGAGAGACUGUUUAUUUAAUAAGACAGAAACUUCUCAUGAUUACCACUGAACAAUGUAGAAGUUAGUCGUAAUAUAACAAUUUCAGUAUAAACUAACAAAAGUAAAAGACUCGUUUUUUGUCUUUUAAUAUUUUAAAACAGUGCCAGCAAAAGUAACACCCAGUGUGAACGAAGUUUAAAACCUGUCGAACGAAGACAAAAAUACGUAGUUUAAGGUAUCAUCAAUCUUUAAAUUUAUUUUGUAUAUUUUGUACAACAGAAAAUUUUUUUUUAUUUAUAAGAACACAUAUUGUGUUUCUUUUUUAUAUACUAAAUUUGCGGUAUAUAUUUUUAAUUGAUCUUAAUUUGGAUUUAAUUUUACGUAGAAAUCGUUCGGUUCAACACUUAAUAUCAUUUUUUUUUUUUUAUAUAUUUCAUUCCACAAUAAAUUUUGUUAUAUAAAUACAUAUAUCAUCUGCUUCCCAAAAUGUAACUGUAAUUUGAAAUUUAAUGUAAUUUAUAAUUACUUGUAGAAAAUUAUAGUUAUUGGAAAAAAUUAAUAUAGAUGGUUUUAAAAGUUUAAUGUUUUGGAUACGCGGUAUAAUGUGAUUAUAUGUUUAGAAUCAUACUUAAAUGCAAGCUCAAUGAGAGUAAAUUCGUGUUUUGAUAUGCAUCUUGCUGUAGUUGAUUUUUCUUAGGCAUUUAGUGAGAUGGAGAAACAUUUCCAUUUGUGUUUCCCAUGAUAAACUUAUUCUUUUUGAAGGAAGGACUUGCGCUAUGAGCGCUUUAGCAAUCUUGUGAUAAUCGAUGCACCAAAUUCGGUGUGAUCCAUUUUUUGUAAAGCACUUGAUAACCUUUUAUAUAGAGAUAAUUAUUGUGUCAAGAAAAAAGUAAUAUGUUUUAAAAUGUUUAAUGUGUCCCAUUAUGAAAUACUGUGGUUAUUAUUACUAUUAUAUGUACUGUAUACGCGUUAUAGUGAAUUAUCGUUAUAUCUGUUAUUAUUAGUACUUUAUUAUAUGUAAUAAAAGGGACACGUAAAAAAUGAAGUUGAAAAAAAUAAAAUGGAUAUUUUUAU